CUCUCUGUCUCUCUCUGUCUCUCUCUGUCUCUCUUCUCACAUUUACACUAUUUCUACCUUGACAUGUGAUGGACGCUGUUCCAUAGGUGUCACUUCAUCUGUGUUGUAGAGAGAUCGGCGGCUAGAAGGUUUUUCUUUUUCUACUCUCCUCGUACUGGGCGGUUUCCUGCUAACACCAGCCCCAGGAAGGCUGUCACUCUGAAAUGUCACUGGGCACGUCAAUCCAGAAGGGGUGAGAAACAGAAAGAGAGAGAGAUAUCUACCUGAGAUACAGGAAGAGGAGAGAGCAUCUUGUUAACCAGUCAGAUAGAGGAAGAGCAGAAUGAUCUCUGGUGCACACCAGAACUGAGCUGGAGGUUGACCCACAGGCCUGCAGCAGUGAUGGAGCCCCUCUGGAGCGCGUGUCUUCUCCUGCUCUCCAUCCCACCGACCCCUGCUCCCACGCCUCCUCCCUCCCCUCACACACCUCCUCCAGGCCUGUCCUGUGUGAGUGACCACGUCAGAAACAUCACCUGUGAGUGGAACAGCUCAGGUGUGGCCCGUGGUGAAGCCUGCAGGAUCCAGGCGUCCGGUCAUGGUUGUGUAGAUAAAAGUUGUGCGUUGGAACCACUGGGCAGCCCUGGUGCUGCUCUGCACAGAUGUGGAUUUGCCUGCACACUUAAAUUAAAUUCAGCUCUGAGGCUGAAAUUCCUCCGGGUGAAGUGUGGAGAAACUUUGGUGACUGAGCUCAGAAAUUUCAAACCAUCAGAUCACAUCAAGAUGAAUCCUCCGGGUGUUCCUCUGAUUGUCACGAGCUCCAACGACACCCGCGUGUCUUGGGGCCCCGGGGACCCUCUCUCCACUCUGAUCUUCGGGUACAACUUCCAGGUGCAGAUCAAACAGGAACACCAGCAAUGGGAGGAUUCUUUGAUAUUGACCCAAUCCAUGUUGGAGCGCAGCCUGACUGUGAAAAUGAAGGAGGCAGGAGUGUACCAGGUCAGGGUGAGGGUCUGUCCAUAUGACCACUACAGGGCCCAGUGGAGCGACUGGAGUCCCACUUCCUCCUGGCGGGCCGAGGGGGACGGGGGGAGGACAGGCGGCCCUGAUGUGAAGCAUCUGGACUGGACCUCAGUAGUGGUGCCAUGUGUUGUGGUGGCUGUCUUCACUUUCAUCAUUGUGCUAGUGCUGGUCCUCUGCAAAACGUGCGCAAAGAAGGGGAAACAUCACCAGCAUGUCCCCAACCCUUCUAGAUACUUCCACGCCCUCAACUCUGUCCACGACGGCAACUUCCAUAACUGGCUGAGUCCCAUGUUUGCUGCUGAAGCUUUCCUGCCAGCCCUGCCCUGCGAGGACAUCUCUCUGCUCGAGGUGGCUGAAACUGUCGUCCCCUCCACCUCCACCUCCACCGCAGCUCCUGCCCUCCUGUACAGUGGCCCCGACAGCCCCGCCCAAGGCUGGACAGGUGGAGAAAGCAGUGGCCAAUCCUCCUCCUCCUGCUUUUCCAACAUCGGCUACUUCCUCUCCAACUACCCCACCCAUCUGCGUGUGGAGUCUUGCCACGUCUACUUCACCUACGAGGAGGACCCCCUACACCCCCUGCCCUGGCCCUCCCUCACCAGGCCAGACUCCUAUGAGCUCCUGCUGCGCCCGGGCACCACCCGCACCACCAGGCCCGGCUGCUGGAAGGAGCCUCGGAGCCCUGACUCUGGGAUCAGCGAGGGCAGCCAGAUCCCCUCCGAGGAUGAAGAGAGUGUGAAAGAUGUUGGAACAGUUCAGUUCAAUCACCCCCCUCCUCUCCUCGUGCCCCCCCUCUCCCGAGUCGCUUGCUUGAUGCAUCAAGGGGAGACGCCUGCCCCCCCUGGCCUCUCCCAGGCUCCCAGCCCCCCAGGGAAGAGUCCCCCCCCCAACCCGGAGGGGGACUCUUCCCUGGCACUUGGUGGCAGCUACAAUGCCUGGCCUGUAGACUGCACUCUGGCCAGAUCCUCAUCUAUGACCACUAGGCCAUAUGGAGGCGGGUAUCUGACCAUCAAAGAGCUGCAGACAACCUACAGCAAGAAGUCCAUCUAAGGGCUUGUCCGGCCGCAGGGCUUGUCCGGCCGCAGGGCUUGUCCGGCCGCAGGGCUUGUCCGGCCGCAGGGCUUGUCCGGCCGCAGGGCUUGUCCGGCCGCAGGGCUUGUCCGGUUGCAGGGCUUGUCCGGCCGCAGGGCUUGUCCGGUUGCAGGGCUUGUCCGGCCGCAGACUCCGUCCUGAUCAGGUGAAUGACAUCAUGAUUUAUUAAACAGCAUGCUUUAUGUGGGGGGUCAUUACAUAAUUUUCCCCAGGCUGGUUAACAAAUUUGCAGUGAUAUAGAUUGUGUUUUAUUUCUGAUUUCAUGUCUUUGUGUACUACUGAAAAACUGCUGCCGGCCUCGCCUGUCAUGGAGCGUGUUAGACACGACUGUUGAAACUGUAUCUGCAUACGUUUCUAUUAGGGAGCAUGUGCAUUGCCCUUACAAGCAUUAUAUUCAUAUUGUAUCUGAGUUCUUGUCUGCAUACUGUUGGGAAUUCUGGAUUGCCAUUGCGUUGAUACUUUAUCUUAAUUAAAUCAACUAUAUUGCAUGUUUUCUAAUGUAUUCUUAAUCAGUCUGUAUUGCACAGAAACAGAAAGUUUGCUCUGAUUGUAUUUAUACCCACUCAGCUCACAUGAGGACCAGAAUAAACUU